AUGAGCGGCACAACAUUGAACCCGAAGAAAACCCUGGCCGCGGUUUUGGUGCUGAUGGUGAUCGGACACGCCGCGGCGGACAUGGCCGACGUCGGUAUGUGCAUCCGGAACUGCGCGCAGUGCAAGAAAAUGUUGGGCGCCUAUUUCGAGGGGCCUUUGUGCGCGGACGCUUGCGUCAAGUUCAAAGGCAAAAUGAUACCGGAUUGCGAGAACAUCGAUUCCGUGGCGCCGUUCCUCAACAAACUCGAAUGA